AUGGCUAUCGACAGAGAGAGAGGAAUCGUCGUGUCUCAGAACCUAAGAAAAGGAAAGAAGCUUCUCUUCGUUCCUCUUUCUCUCGUCAUCAGUGCUGAUUCUGUGUGGACCAAUGGUGAAGUGAUGAAAUGUUAUGAUGUUCCAGAUUGGUCUUUGCUAUCUACUUGUGCACCCAUUGAUGACGAUGACGAUGAUGCUGCUGUUGAUGAGAUGAUGAUUUAUGGAAAAUCAUGGAACAAGCUUAGUCAGGGGCAGCCAUGUCUUCGCAACUGCAUAGGUGUGGUACUCUGGUUAUCUCGCCUCACGAGUGAUAGGUGUUUUGGCAUUAUUAGAAUGUUUGAUGAGUUUUCAAGAAAGCACUCGGAUUGUGUUACCGAGUUUAUCGACAUGUCCAAAGAAGAAGAUUGGGAGAUUUUAUAUGACUAA